UGUGUGAGCCAGCCAUCCAGACGCGAGCUCGUGAGGAUUUGUCAGCUGGCAUAGUGUCGUCAACAGCCACCGCGUUUGUGUCCGACUCCGGUCGGGAUGUAUGGAGACUGUACUCGCUUGUUUGUCGAAGCCAGCCUUUCGCCCUGGAAUUAAAAAACGCAAGUCGCGAACCGAGGAAGUAGUUCACUUCGACUCGACACAGCAGGAUGUAAACAAAGGCGCCGCAAUGACGAGAGGAACAAAGAGACUAGUUGUCAACUAACCAACAGCUAAACCGGCUAACAUUAGCCGACUUAAUUGGGACUCCUUUACCAGGACCUUUCCAGGAGGACGUACUCACAUCCUUGUCUAACUCAAGAUAGUACUGGUUGGCAAUGGCGGCUGUGGUUAAUUACACGCCCCCCUGGUGGGUUAACCUCCUGCACCGGCUACCACAUUUUAAUUUCAAAUUCGAGCGAACAAGCAGCGACUUCCAGCCAGACGAUUGGACGUACCAACAGUCCAUCCUGUUACUGGGAGGUGUGGCACUGGUCUGUCUGGCUCUUGACCUGCUCUUCCUGCUCUUCUACUCCAUUUGGCUUUGCUGCCGGCGCAACAAAAACCCGGACCAACCCUCAGCCGACUGCUGCUGCACCGCCUGGUGUGUCAUCAUCGCGACACUCGUGUGCAGCGCUGGCAUUGCUGUAGGUUUCUAUGGGAACGGCGAGACUUGCGACGGGGUGAAUCGACUGACUUAUUCCCUGCGCCACGCAAAUCGCACGAUCACUGGUGUGCAAAAACUGGUUACCGACACCACGUCCUCACUGAAUCAGACAGUAGAUGACAACUUGCAGCAACUUGAGGGCCAGUACGCCAAGCAGGCAGACUACCUGUCCAUCAUCCAGAAGCUGCAGGGACAGCUGGAUGAGCUGGUCAGACAGAUGGUGGAGAUUCCCUUCUGGGACAAAAGCAACAUCUCCCUGGAGGAGCUGGCUGUCAUUUUCGAGCUAUAUGACUGGUACAGGUGGCUGGGCUAUCUUGGUCUGCUGCUUUUCGAUGUCCUCAUUUGUCUGCUGGUGCUGUUCGGUCUCAUUCGCAAUUCCAAGGGGACACUCAUCGGGGUUUGCUUGUUUGGUUUUGUGGCUCUGGUACUCAGUUGGGCCUCGUUGGGGCUGGAGUUGGCUGUCUCUGUGACCUCCAGCGAUUUCUGCGUGGCUCCUGACACGUACAUCACCCAAGUGACCCACCAGUAUCAAGUCGCCAAUCAAGAAAUCCUCAGUUACUACAUUGGUUGCAGUUUGGAGCAAACCAACCCCUUCCAGCAGAAGCUUUCCGGGAGCUACAAAGCACUGGUUGAGAUGCAGGACGACGUGCUGGAGCUUCUUCGCUCCGCCACCGGGGAAUUCAAACAAACUCAGGGAAGUCUGGAGGAGAUCCAGGAGAUACUAAACACCACAGAGAUCAGCCUUCAUCAGCUCACCGCCUUAGUGGACUGCCGUAGCCUGCACAUGGACUACGUGCAGGGCAUGACAGGGCUGUGCUACGACGGACUAGAAGGCCUCAUCUACCUGGUGUUCUUCUCCUUCGUGACGGCCCUCAUGUUCAGCUCCAUCGUUUGCAGCGUCCCUCACACUUGGCACAAACGGGUGGACGAGGACAGCGACGACGGUUCACUGAGUCGCGGCGGGAGGCAGAACCAUGACAACCUGUACAGAGUCCACAUGCCCAGCCUGUACAGCUGUGGCAGCAGCUACGGCAGCGAGACGUCCAUCCCCGCAGCCGCGCACACCGUCAGCAAUGCGCCAGUGACCGAGUACAUGGCUCAGAAUGCCAACUUCCCUAACUCCCGCUGCGAAAACACGCCCCUGAUUGGACGAGAAUCUCCUCCACCCUCGUUGUAUUUGACUCCCGCCCACACUAACAGUGGCCACAGCUGGCAGCUAAAGCCUUCGGACAGCUCCAGAUCGUUUUGGUAACCUCGUCUGCUAUGCUAACAGUACACCUCCAGCAUGCGGGCAAAGUACCUCGCUCACAGCCGACCAGAACCCGAGACCCCCCCAUCAAACUAGCCGGAACGGAAAUGGCCGCCACAGCUUUAAAGUGACUCCGCUUUUUUUUUUUUUUUUUGUCCUUAAGUAAGUUGUUUGCUCUUGUCUCACGGAAGAAAUCACAUUCACUUAGAGUUCACCUUUCAAUAUUCUUUGUUAAAUAUGGAUGCGUCUUACUGGGAUUUUAUUUUCUUCUUCUUGCCUAAAGUGAAGACCUUUUACAGAGCACUGCCUCAGUUCAAAUGGCAUUUAGUGACCUUUGUCUUAACUCUGGUGUUUGGGACCAGUCGCCCUACAAAAAUGUGUGUCUUAGAGGACUACAGCAAAGCAUUCAGAAAGUCCUCCAGCACCCGAGAGCUACAAAGCUGUGAAUUUGGAUGAUUCAAAGACCUGGCAACGAAGCCGUCAGAGGAAGGAAUCAAAACUUGAUUUGUUUACAUACUACUGGAAUACUUUUGAUGACCUGCCUACUUCAAAAUACAUCUGUGACGUUUGCAACUCUGCCCAGCAACAGCGCCUAUCCCAAUCCAGCUGUUUACAGUUGAGGUAAAAUGUGGGGUUUUUUUUUGUUUUUUGUUUUUGUAGUUCCAAAAAAUGUUUGCAUCGCAAUGUGACGUCUCACAAAUGUGUUUUAGCAUUUUAAUAAAUAGUUGAAGGUGAUAAGUUUACACCUAUUGAAGAACUUCCAGGUGGUGCCAAUCCAACUUUUUACAUGUCUUAAAGGAGCCUGAUUUUGUUUUGUUUUUUUUUUAACAAUGCUUGAUGCUCUCUGUACACUGAUCAGUUUUAGGUUGGCUCUCGUGUCUGCUUGCUUUGUGCAAAGUUGUUGGAAGCGGAACAUUUAUUGUAUUAGAAAAAAAAAUACCUUGAAGAUUCAUUUUUACAUUUAAGGUUUGAUUUCCUUUUGAUUAGAGUGAAGCAGUUGCUUCAAUCAUGUGAAUAUGGUAGCUAUUUAAAUUUUUUUGUUUUUUUUUUUUAAAUCAGGUUUAUCCUUUCAGCUUGUUUUAUACAAAAUCUUAAACUUGGGAGAAAACAAUGUUCCGGUUGUAUUGAGUUUGACGUGUUUAAAAAUAAUAAAUCCACUUUCACUGUU